AUGGUCGCGAAGGCGCACUACCACCCGUACCACCCGUACAUGUUCGCGCUCAUGACCUUCUGCGCCCUCGCUGAGCUCGGGCUGACUGCGUUUCUGAUUACUAUGGGGAAUGAGCACCAUUCGUGGCCGAGCAUCCGCUACCAUUCGCUGUUGAUCCUAUUCUGCUUCGACGCGGUGUGGACCAUGAUAUUCUCCACCGCGUACCUGCUGUGGAUGAUCGACGGAUCGGUGCACGUACUGGCCAGCAUCGCGAGCUCUGUCAUAUGGCUGGUCAUCACCACCAUUGUAUGGGGGACGGCGUCGGGCGUGAUGCACAAGACUCGAGGUGGGCACGACUGUCCUGGGGCCCCUGCCAACUCACGAUGCCGACAGUCACUCACCGUAGAGGCCCUCGGCUGGACCGAAUUCUCGCUGUGCGUCCUCGCGCUGGGCGCGACGCUCCUCUGGGUGCGGCUGAGCAGGCGGCGAUACGUGAGUGAUUCUCGCCGGUUCGUGUAG